ACUUUAACACGAACCCACAGAGAUCUGUCCUCCAAAUUCUUCAAAAACCCCAAUCCCAAAAAACCCAGACACAACUAACCCUCUCUCUUUUGGCUCUCUGCUUCAGGGUUUUCAGAGUACUACAAAAUCUCUGGAAACACUUUUUCACAACCCACUCAAGGUUUUGAUUUGUUUGUUUUUCUCCAAAUGGGUACUCCUGGAAAAUGGCUCAAGUCUCUCAUCAAUCCCAAAAAGCCCACAUUAACUGACCAAGAGAAGAGCAAGAAGAAAUGGAAGCUAUGGAGGAGUUCAUCGGAUGGGUUUGGAACAUCGAGCAACGGUGGUGUGAAGAAGGAGUAUGUGGCGUGUUCAGAGGCGUUGGAUUCUGCAAAUGUGAUUGAUCAUGAGUUGGCUGCUGCUAUGGCUACUCUGCUUCGAGCUCAGCCUAAAGAUUUCAAGGUAGUUAGGCGAGAGUGGGCUGCUCUUCGGAUCCAAACCGUGUUCCGGGGAUUCUUGGCUAGGCAGGCUUUGAGAGCCUUGAAAGCCUUAGUAAGGCUUCAAGCUAUAUUUCGUGGGAGGCGAGUCAGGAAGCAAGCUGCUGUUACAUUGAGGUGCAUGCAGGCCCUUGUUCGAGUUCAGGCUCGAGUUCGAGCACAGAGAUCCUCAGAAGCUGAUGAACGUCAGUCCCAAGCUGAUGACCCUGUUAAGCAGGCUGAGCAAGGAUGGUGUGAUAGUCCAGGAACAGUGAGUGAAAUUAGAGCAAAGCUACAAAUGAGGCAAAAAGCAAACCUAAAGAGGGAUCGAGCAAUUGCAUACUCCCUCUCUCAACAGAAACCAAGAUCAUGUUCCAGUCCAUAUAGCAGGACUAACAAGACGGCAAAGGUUGCUAAGAGUCCAAGACUAGGAGAUAACAAUUCGGAAUUGAACUGGUUAGAAAAUUGGAUGGCGACCAAGCCAUGGGAAAAUAGGCUGAUGGAAGAGGUCCAAAUUGUGCCAUCAGAGACGAAUCCUUAUAAUUCCAGGAUAAGUGGAGAUGAUAUUGAUGGCUUUUAUCCAUUUUCUUCAGCACAGAAUUCUGUGAAAGUGCAAAGGAAGACUGUCACAACCAGAAUUUCUCCUAGGCCCUCUCAAUCAAUGAGUCCGAAAACUCGUUCAUCUUCUACCCCAAGUACUGAUUAUCUUAAGGACGGGAGCUCAUCAUCGACUUCAUUUACUUCUGCAUCUCCUACUGCAGUGUCUAGCAAUCCUUCCAAGGUAGAAGAAAGUAAUAUGUGCAAACCAAGCUACAUGAAUCUCACAGAAUCAAUUAAGGCGAAGAAGAGAAGUUCCAAUGGUCAAAAUAUGCAGAGGUACUUCAUGGAGGAGUAUCGGUUCCAUAGCAAAGCACUUUCUAAUGGGGAUACAAGGAGCAUCAAUGGCAGUUCUGAUUUUUCGGCUAAUUUAUGCAAUGAUCUAUACCCUCCGGUAUCACAGGGAAGAGCUGAAAGAGCAAGAUAUUGA